AUGAAAGCAAUCCGGCCUUUUGAGCCCGAGGACCUCCGCAAAUUCAACGUCAUGUAAGUUUGGCUCUAGUUUAUAAUUUCUUUUUAGCAAUUUGGAUCGCUACACGGAAACGGUUUGUUACCUAAGAAAUGAAUUUAGUCCGAUUUAGUAUACGACCCAAUUUUAUUUGCAAUACAAAACCAAUUGGCCGGAAUAUUUUCAAGUGGCUGAAGCCCCAGAUGGAACCAUUAUGGGUUAUAGUAAGUAUAAAUUCUAACAUUUUUUAUUUUUAGUUAUGGGGAAAGCCGAGGGUCGCGGAGAAAACUGGCACGGGCAUGUCACCGCCAUCUCCGUUGCGCCUGAGUUCCGUCGAAUGGGGCUGGGACGAGAAUUAAUGACUAGAUUAGAGAAGAUUUCGGAAGAGUAGGUGCAACAACAUUAUUCUAUUAAAUUUUUUCAGAAAAAAUUGUUAUUUUGUUGAUCUUUUUGUACGGGUUAGUAACAAGGUGGCUGUUGCCAUGUACGAAUCUUUGGGAUAUGUGAUCUAUCGACGUAUCAUCGACUAUUACACAGGGGACAGUCCAGAAGACGCUUAUGGUAACUACCAUACUUUACUGCUUACGUUUUUAGAUAUGAGAAAAGCCUUGCCAAUAGAUGUGGAGAAAAAGUCUACCAUUCCGUUGAAACAUCCGGUGCAUUGUAAUGAGUUAGAUGAAGAUUAA